AUGGCAAACCACCACAUCAUCUCCUCAUUAUCACCCAAAUAUCAAUUUCUCAUCACUCUCUCCAUUUCCAUCUUUUCAUUAAUUACUACUUUCUUUCUCUUUGCUCAAGGAAUACUAAAAUGGGAAGAAUAUCCGCGGACUCCUGUUCAAUUCCAGCGAAUUGCUGACACUCAUAAAAAAGUUGUCAUUUCUGUUCCUUCUACAGGAGGACUGUUAACAUCCGAAAUUGGUGUCACUUCUACACGAGAUGAUUCAUCCUCGUUACGAAUGAAAUCAUUUGAAUUUUUACAACCUCCUUUACCUUUUAAAUAUUAUUACAACGAGACGGAAUAUUUUCACAAGUACACAUCAUGGAGACAAGUCGAUGAAAAAUUGAAUCUUUUUCAAAGCAGUUCCAUUUCAAAGAGUAAUAUUGGAAAACCACACUAUGACUGCUCUAAAAAACAUUUUGAUCCAAAAUUAGUGAAAGUUUUUGGACCAUUUCCAAGUUCGAUGGAACAUGUGUAUUUUUUACGAAUUGAAAGUUUCGAUCGAUUUGAUUUGGAUUCUCCGUAUUUUCAAUUGUUUCAUGCAAGAAUUGUAGAAAAGGAGCAUUCUGACCAUAAUCAAGUCAAUAUUGCAAAUUCAGGAGAUUUUGACACUUCCUUGGCAGUUUCUUUUACAAGAUUUGUUCCAAUUUUAGAAACAAGAGAAUUCAAUGAACAUUCCAUGCAAUACGUGAAAGAUGAAGAAGACAACUCGAGACAUCCAAUAUUUGUGGACCUUAAAACAUUGACUUCCAAAAAAAGAAAUAAGAGAGUGUAUAUGGGUCAAUUUUUUCUUCCAAGAUUGAAAGGAGGAGAAUUUCAAGUAGAUGUACGAAUGACUCAUCAUUGUUUCUCUCCACGAGAUUAUUCAAGUCCAAGUAUGGAUUUUUCUGAAAGUCAUGGAAUUCAAAUUGCAAGAAUUCCAUUUAGAAUUGAAAGAACGAAUUGGUCAAAUUCUAACUUUCAAGAAUCUCCAAAUCAUUCUCAUCGUUACAUCAUGCAAGAAUAUUUCAAAUUCAAGCAAUUUCUUGCACAUGAAUUAUUUAGAACGUAUGAACUUGACAUGGAAUCGACCCAAGACCCAUAUUUGAAACUUUCCAAGAAAAUAUUCGAUGAAAAAAUUGGAUUUUGGAUGCAAUCCAAAUCUGGAGAAUGUGAUCAACUAGUGUGUCGAACGAAUUCCAUUCCAUAUUCGAACCAUGAGAAGAAGGAUUUUUCAACACCUCAACACGACGAUCCUUCCAAACAAGUUGAAAAUUCCACUCCAUUAUUGAAUCAAAUGGUGAGAUCGAAUCAAGUAUAUGUUCCUGUUGCGUCUCUUUUUCAAAGUAAGGGAGAAGAAUAUUUCAAGAAUUCACAAGAAUCAUCGAAUUCCUUCACUCGACCCUAUGAGAUUUUUAAUCCACGCCAAGUCAUGGAUUGCUUUCAUGGAAAAAAGGUUGCCUUUUUUGGAGAUUCUUCUUUGGAAGAACAAUUUUCACACAUUCUUGAAUGGAUGUAUCAAGUCGAUCCUUCGGUCAAGUACAAACUCUCAUUUCCUUCUGAAUUUAAUGGUAAAAAAUUAAGCAAAACCAAAUUUAGAUAUUCCACAUUGAAACACGAACAUUUUGAAAUUCAAAAUCGAGGACUCGCUCAUGCCUAUGUCGAUCAUAAUUGGGGAGGCAUUCAAAGUAUUAUGGAAUUAGAGGCUGCACGAAAAGAAGUGCAAGAAAUUGCUACAACGUCAGAUGUCAUUAUCAUGACCUUUACCUUUCAUGAAAUGGCUGGACAUUACGGACGAGGAGGUUUUCGAAAUUUUGACACGGCAUGGAUUCAACAUGAAUUAUUUUCACACAUUACAAAAUUUUUCGAAUGGGUUUCUGAAUGGAAGAAGCAUUCGCCAAAUUUGAAAAUUUUGUGGCGUGAAGUCAUUCCUUCACAUGAUCCUCGCGUCGGUCCAGAAUUGAUCUUUUCACUCACCAAUUCUGAAAUUCAACGUCAAAUUGCAUUACGUCAAGAUUUUAUAGACUAUGUACCAUUGGAACAAACGACUUGGGGUAAUUCAUUUAGAGGACUCUUUUCAGAUGGAUUGCAUUAUACGGAACAAGAUAAGAUGAUUUCCAAGAUGAAUACGCAAAUAGUAUUGAAUCACAUGUGUCGAAAGUAA